AUGGUUGGCGCUGUUCAAGCGGUUCUCUUUUUGUGGGCCAAGAUGGCGCACAAAGACUGGGGGCCAAGGGACACGGAGAGCGAACUCACGAGGCUCAAGAGCAUCACCGACAAGGCUCUCUUGCAAAACGUCGAGAAGCGCUACAGGGCUGGCAACAUCUACACGCGAAGCGGCCGCAUCGUGCUCGCCGUGAACCCCUACAAGAAGCUGCCGCUGUACACGGAGGAGACGCUGCAGGCCUACAAGGCGUCGCUGGCGCCGCAGGUGGAGCUGCCGCCGCACGUGUACGCCGUCGCCUCCUCGGCGCACUCGGGCAUGCUGCGAACGUCGACGAGCCAGUCGGUCAUCAUCUCCGGCGAGUCGGGCGCCGGCAAGACGGAGACCGCAAAGAUCCUCCUCGAGUACCUCGCCGAGGUGAGCUGCUCGGGCUCGGACCUGCAUACGCGCGUCCUCAAGACGAACCCCAUCAUGGAGAGCUUUGGCUGCGCAAAGACGAUCUGGAACAACAACUCGUCGCGCUUCGGCAAGUUCCUCACGCUCCAGUUCUCGCCGACCGGCCGGAUGCAGGGCGCCUUCAUGAAGACGUACCUCCUCGAAAAGUCGCGCAUCACGUCGCAGCUGGCGAACGAGCAGAACUACCACGUCUUCUACACCGUCGCAAAGGGCCUCUCCCCCUCCCAGCGGGCCGAGCUCCAGCUGCCCAAGGGGUCGGACGCCGUCGAGGCCUUCAAGCUGCUCAACCUCAGAAAGGCGUCUGACGUGGACUGGUCCGAGCUGCCCUGCGACUUCGCCGAGCUCUCUGCCGCCUUCGCCGUCAUCCCCUCGCUCGCCGGCUGCCAGCUGUCGGUGUGGAAGGUCAUCAUGGCGGUCCUCUACCUCGGCAACCUCGACUUCGCGGGCAAGGGGGCGGUCGGCGACUCGACCGUCGCGGACGCAAAGAUCGCCGACCCCUCCACCACCGCCGUCAUCGCCCGCCUCCUCUCCAUCCAGCCAACGGAGCUCGAGAACGCAAUCUGCAUCCAAAACAUCAACGCCGGAGGCGAGUGGAUCAAGUCUCCAAACUCGAUCGCCUACGCCUCCGACGCGCUCUACUCGAAGCUCUUCGACUGGGUCGUCGAGAUGAUCAACUCGUCGCUCAUCUCCGGCGAGGGAGGCCGCUACUUCAUCGGCGCCGUCGACAUCUUCGGCUUCGAGUGCUUCCCGACAAACUCGCUCGAGCAGCUCUGCAUCAACUUUGCCAAUGAGCGGAUGCAGCACAUGUUUACGGAGGCUGUCUUCGAGUCGGUGAUCGCCGAGUACCAGAAGGAGGGCAUCGACGUCGCCGACAUCACGUUCGAGGACAACACCCCCCUGCUCGAGCUCAUCGACAAGCCGGCCACCGGCAUCCUCUCGCUGCUCGCCGAGGAGUGCUUCUUCCCAAACGGCACGGACGCCUCCUUCGCGCAAAAGAUCAAGCUCGCGCACGCCAGACACCCGUGCUUCGCCGAGGUGAAGCUCGACCGCACCGCCUUCACCCUCUCGCACUUCCCGGGCAAGGUGACCUACCAGUCGGCCGGCUUCCUCGAGAAGAACAAGGACCCGCUCCCGCAGGACCUGGUCGUGCUCAUGCGCUUCUCCGACGACGACUUCGUCAAGACCCUCUUCGAGGAGAAGAAGGGCGCCGGCGUGAUCGACUCGUUCCGCGUCUCGCUCAACGAGCUCGUCAAGACGCUCAGCGCGACGAAGACGCACUUCAUCCGCUGCGUCAAGCCAAACAUGGACAAGAAGGCGAUGUCCUGGGACGAGGACGUGAUGCAGCGGCAGCUCCGCACCUCGGGCGUGGUGCAGGCGGUGAAAGCGGUGCAGGCGACGCGCAAGGGCUUCCCCGACAUCCUCCCCUUCGCCGAGCUCCUCUCGCGCUUCGAGCAAGUCGUGCCCAAGGCGGCCAUCGGCAAGGCGGGGGCCGAGGGCGUGCGCGCGCUGCUCAAGGGCGCCGAGGUGCCCGAGACGGACUACCGCGUCGGCAAGACCAAGGUCUUCCUCGGCGUGGGCGUGCUCGACCGGCUCGAGCAGCGGCGGAUGGAGUACAUCGCGUCCAAGGUGAGCGACAUCCUCGGCUACGCCGAGUACAUCGGCAUGGACAUCAAGGAGGACGCGCACCUGCUGUGGAUCGCCGACGAGGCGCUGCAGGCGCCCGAGCCGCAGGGCUGGGAGCAGCGGCUCGACCCAAAGGGCGGCGUCUACUACUACCACGGAGUCACCGGCAUGUUCUACCACUCGAUGAAGGCCCAGUACGAGGCGCAAGCAACGGUGGGGCCCAAGCUGAGCAACGUGCUGUCGCCGACGGCGCACCUCGACACGAUGAAGCGCGGCCAGAUGCCGGCGCUGCGCGAGGUGAAGUUCAUCAAGGACUCGGUCGAGUCGAAGAUGGGCUUCAUCUUCCACCGCACCGACGACGCGUUCGACAAGUCCUUCUUCAACGUCGAGGGGUCUGUCCAGCCCAUCAUCAAGACGGUGAAGCCCGGGGGGCUCGCCGAGAGCUCUGGCCUCGUCCCGGGUGACGUGGUGCUCUCGGUCAACGGGAUCUCGGGGCUGAACAACUUCCAGGUGGUCGAGAUGCUCCGCCAGGGCAAGGGGGUCUUUAACCUUGUCGUCUUUUCCGGGCAGCCGAUCGUCUCGCUCGGGCAGCCAGUCAGGCAGCCAAUCACGGCAGAAUCCCUCGGGCUCGACCCGUGA